AUGGGCACGCUAACCAAGCGCACUGAGCGCGUCCUAUCGGACGCUGCCGAGAAAGUGGCUCGGGCAGAAGAGGCCGCUCGUCUGUACGAAGCCCAGUUGCUCGAAGCCACGUCUGCGAAGCGCCGACUCGAGGAGGAGAACGAGAAGCUGCGGACUUCCAUACUUAAUAUGGCACUACAGAAUGCUAGCGUCGACUUGCGUCGCGAGCACGUGCAGCUGCGUCAGACGUUGGAUUCGUACCAGACGAAGAUUGAUCAAAUGAGAGAGAUCUCGCUGCUCUCGGCCAAAGUGGUGGACAGCCGCAUCAAGACGAAACAGGGCCGGCAGUAUGUCGAGUACAAACUCCAGAUCGAGACGGACAUUCGGGGCACAUUGGUGCUUUGGCAUCGAUACAGCACGUUCCUGAACUUGGCCGCGACACUGAAGGCGAAAAACCCAAGCAGCGAGCACGAUAUUCCCGAGCUCCAGACCCAAAGUCUCACGGGUUUUUUCUCGGACCAAUUGAUAAUCGACCGAAUCGCUAAAUUGAACGAAUUUCUCGUGGUUGUGACGAAAGCCGAUGAGUUUCAGUGGGGCAUUCGGAUAGACAAGGACACGUGCGUGUACAAGCGCAAGAGCAAGCGCGUCGAUCGCUCGUUUAGCGUCGGCUCCUCUCGGGAGAGUAUCUCGACGCUCACGCCCAGUAUGCGCGACAGUAUGUUCAUGCCCGCGUCGUCUCGCGCGUCGACGAUCUCGAUGGACUCGUAUUAG